AUGUCUCGCAACAUUCGUCAAAAGUACCCCGCAACUGCGGCCAAAGCUCAAAAGCGUCGUCGUGGCUCGGACACAUCGUCAUCCCUUGAUCUUUCCGAUGACUCGGGCUACUCAGCCGUCGAAGACAUUAGUGACUCCGAAGACAACGAUGAGGAGGAUGUAACGGCGGUCGAGGAGGCAAUCAUAGUCACAGAGGACAGACCCCGUUCCUCUAAACUUCCUCGACCGCAGUCGGAUGAAGAAGAAGAAGAAGAAGACGGUGACGAAGACGAUGCUGGAGAGGAAGCCGAGGAUGAAGACGACGAUGCAGAUGUCCUCCCAGAUGAUGCGGAUGAUGAUAAUGCAAGCUGGGCCGGCAUCUUGUCCGACGUCGACGACGGCAAUGCAUCCGAUUUCUACCAUGAUCCCAACGCUUUUGCUUCAGAUCCCAUUAUAGAGCGCCAUGUUCGCUUUGAUGUGCCGGACAGCGAUUCUGAUUCCACCGAAACAGAAGAUGACCACGCCGAUCUAUUCCCCGAUAUUUUUGUCUCGCAAAACUCACUCGAUCCCUCGUUCCGUAAAGAGCUUGAGCACGACCCUGAUGAAUCGUCCGGCUCCAAUUCCUUUUGGGACUACCAUGGCCAGUACGAGGAAGAGGAGGAAGAAGAAGAAGAUUCUGAAUCAGACGCCGAAGAAGUCGUUCGACAACUCUCCGAUGACGAAACUUCACCUGCCAUGCCCACUCCUAGCGCUGCUAGUGUGGUUGAAAAUUUUACUCCCACCUUUGAAGAGUCUCUAGAACUGGAUGGUUAUGAGUCUGAUGGCGACACAACUGAUGAAGAAGACAUUCCUGAACCUGUCAUCCGCAAGAGGACUCGACGUCAGUCUAAUACAAUGAGUGACGAAGCAUCAGACUCGGAGGCAGACUCGCCUGUCAAACCAGAGCGUGGCCAGCCUCGCGUGGGCCGCUUCAACCUAGACCGGUCUGACAAAAAGCCCAUUGCUGUUCUCAACCCCCUGACACGCAAGAUGAUGAUCUUCACACCCCAUCGACGACGACAGCUGGACCUGUCGCCUGAGCAGUUCAACUUCCCCUGGGCCAUCGAGGAUCAAUCAUCACCGCUGCUUAGCAACUCGGCCAACAUGAUGCUCAGCGCCAUGUUCUCUUCCAACACCUUUGGCGACUUUGUCAAUGCUCAGGCCAUGGGGCCCGCCGAGGCGUUCUUCCCGUUCCAAUCCACGGCCAACGGCGAUGAUAGCUCAACGUCUCCUAGCAUGGAAGACGAGGACGAGGAGGACGACGAAGAGAAGCUCAACAUCAACGACUUUAUUACGUUUGGUGAAGCUGAUGAUGAUGAUGAGUCGUCAGGCGACGAAGGAAACGACAAUUGGGGCGCAUCACCUAAGCGCCCAACCACUGCAUCUGGCGAGAUCCUGUCACAUCUCAACUCGGAUACUGUUGGCGCCUUCCGCCGCAAUCAAAUCAACCAACAACUGAUUCUGAGCAACCAAGCGACCCAAGAUUCGCUAGCCUUCAGCGGGCCAUACAAUUACACCGCCCUUCGGGGUCUAAAGUCGGAUCGCUUUGACACUGCAGCUGUCCCCCUGACUCCGGCCAGACGGCACAAAAAGCAGCUGAGUGACCGCGCUCCUCUCGAAUCAACCUCCACGAAGCGCAAGGCUACGAGCGAGGCCAAUGGAAGUAACCACAAGAGACACCGAAGCAUCUCUUCGGAUGUCAACUUCCUACGGAUAUAA